AUGAAGCUCAUUCAUCUGCUAUCCAUAGCCCUCGGGGCCCUCCCCCAGCUGGCUUUUGCUGCCCCCAAGCUAGUAGAGAACGAGACCCGGAAGGCGACCGACAGACUCGUCUUUGCCCAUUUCAUGAUUGGAAUUGUCAGCAACCGCCACAGCGCAGCCGACUACGACGAUGACAUGAAGCGGGCUAAAUCCCUGGGAAUCGACGCCUUUGCCCUGAACAUCGGCGUCGACCCAUAUACCGACCAGCAGUUAGGGCUAGCAUACCAGUCCGCCGCAAACAACGACAUGAAGGUCUUCAUCUCGUUCGACUUCAACUGGUACAACACUGGCCAGGGGUCCCAAGUCGGGCAGAAGAUAGCUCAGUAUGCCAGCCUGCCCGCCCAGCUCAAAGUCGACGGCAAAGUGUUCGUCUCCUCGUUCUCAGGCGACGGUCUCGAUGUUGCAGCGAUGCGCCAGGCAGCUGGACAACCGGUAUUCUGGGCCCCGAACUACCAUCCAGAGAUGGGCACCAAUAUGGACGUGGUCGAUGGUCUGCUCAACUGGAUGGCGUGGCCGAACAACGGUAACAACAAGGCACCCCAACCAGGACGCAAUAUAUCUGUCCAAGACGGAGACGAUGCAUACAUUCGAGCCUUGAAUGGAAAGGACUAUAUUGCGCCUGUAUCCCCGUGGUUCUUUACCCACUUUGGCCCUGAGGUCCCAUAUAGCAAGAACUGGGUCUUCCCUGGAGAUCUUCUGUGGUACGAUCGCUGGCACCAGAUUCUGGCGAUGGGCCCUCGCUUCAUUGAGAUUGUUACAUGGAACGACUACGGCGAAGCCCACUAUAUCGGCCCUCUGAGCUCGCCGCAUACUGAUGACGGUUGUUCCAAAUGGGUGAAUGACAUGCCCCAUGACGGCUGGAUGGACAUGUCGAAGCCAUUUAUCGCGGCAUAUAAGGACGGCGCCAAGUCUGUCGACAGCUAUAUCACCGAAGACCUGCUGGUCUACUGGUACCGACCAACCCCGCGAGGUGUGGACUGCGAUGCCACGGAUACCUGCAUGGUCCCUGCGAACAAUGACAGCGGAAACUACUUCAUGGGUCGGCCUAACGGGUGGGAGACGAUGCAGGAUGCGGUGUUUGUGGUGACCACACUUACGGAGGCUGCGACUGUGACGGUCAAUUCUGGAGGCAACGUCGAGGUGUUUGAUGCACCAGCAGGGGCCAGUGCAUUCCAGGUACCCAUGGGGGUGGGAUCACAGGCAUUCUCCCUCAGCCGCAAUGGCAAGGUCAUUCAGUCGGAUAUCAGUCUGCUGCCUAUCAUUGAUGGGUGCGUCUGCGGGAUAUACAACUUCAACCCAUACGUGGGAACGCUGCCACCGGGCCCACUCGAUAGCCUCGAAAACGAGGCCCUCUUCAGUCUCACGAUGGGUCUUCACGUUUCGACAUGCUCCCCGACACCUUCACUAGGCAAGACAACCCCCACAGCUCCUCCAGGAUGGGGAGACGCAGCACCAACGCGGACAUCGUCUGUUACUCGUCCAACCAGUACGACACGAACAACCACAUCUACAACCAGGACAACCACGACCACUCGGCCCACAACCACUACUACAAGAACAACCACGCAGACCACAACCACCAACAACCCCCCGACUAAUCCAACCGGAGGCCCCGGUAAAGACUGCACCGCAGGUACAGGACCAGGGAACUACGUCGGUCUGUGCAACUUCGCCUGCAGGUAUGGAUAUUGUCCUCCCGGACCAUGCACCUGCACCGCAUACGGGGCACGAGUAGCUGCGCCGCCAUCUACCGGGGUCCGUGGAGUGCCGCUGUCGGGACUCGAUGCUUCGUACUUGGGACUGUGCAGCUUUGGCUGUGAUCAUGGGUAUUGUCCACCGACUGCGUGUCAGGUUGCUUAG